AUGACUGGUGAUCACAUCAAGGUUGUCUAUUUUAACGGACGCGGACGAGCUGAAUCGAUCCGGAUGACACUUGUGGCAGCUGGUGUGAACUACGAAGAUGAGAGAAUUAGUUUCCAAGAUUGGCCGAAAAUCAAACCAACUAUUCCGGGUGGACGAUUGCCUGCAGUGAAAAUCACCGAUAGUCAUGGGCACGUGAAAUGGAUGGUAGAGAGUUUGGCUAUUGCACGGUAUAUGGCGAAGAAGCAUCAUAUGAUGGGAGGAACAGAGGAAGAGUAUUAUAAUGUUGAGAAAUUGAUUGGUCAGGCUGAAGAUCUAGAACAUGAAUAUUACAAAACUUUGAUGAAGCCAGAAGAAGAGAAACAGAAGAUAACCAAAGAGAUACUGAACGGCAAAGUGCCAGUUCUUCUCGAUAUUAUCUGCGAAUCUCUGAAAGCGUCCACAGGCAAGCUGGCUGUUGGGGAUAAAGUUACUCUAGCCGACUUAGUUCUGAUUGCUGUCAUUGACCAUGUGACUGAUCUGGAUAAAGAAUUUCUAACUGGCAAGUAUCCGGAGAUACAUAAACAUAGGGAAAAUCUAUUAGCCAGUUCACCGAGAUUGGCGAAAUAUUUGUCAGACAGAGCUGCAACUCCCUUCUAA